AUGAAUUUCUUUAUCCCAAAUGAAGUGAAACGCGAAGGUAUCUACCUUCAGCAUCAGCUUGGCCCGCCGCUAAUCCAUCAGCAGCACCACCAACUGCCACAGCAGUCCCAGCAUCAGCUGCUCGGCUUUCCGCAUCCCGGCAUGAUCGUUAAUUUGAAAAAGGAAGAAUUUGAUCCGCUGGAAGGCCAGGCGCAUAACCAACAGCACGUACUGCAAUUACAGCAACAGGCCCAGAUGGUAGGACUGCAACAACAUCUCUCUGCUCAGAUGCAGUCCCAGCUUGCACAGCAACAUCAGCAACAGCAACAACAACAAUCGCAACAGCAACAGCAGCAACAGCAGCAGCAACAACAGUCACAGCAGCAGCAGGCACCACCAGCACCACCAUCGCAAACCCAACAAUCGCAGCAGCAGCAACAACAAACACCUCAGGCACAAACCUCAACGGUUACUACCGCCUCGACGACAACGACGACAACAACCACCACUACCGGUACGGGUAAAAAGAAAAAGAAAGGCAAAGCGAACCGGAACAUUGUCAUCCCGCAGCUACCGGAAGGGUUCAUCGUGAAGGUGAAGGAAGAGUACACGGAGAACUACGUGCGCACCGUGACGAAAAUCCCCGAAGUAUGGUGGAACCAGGAACAGUUCAUCCGCACGGUGAAGUCGCCGGGUAAGAAGGAGCGCAAAUAUCACGACUACAACGCGGUCAGCGAACACCAGUGCGAUGUGUGCGGGAAGUAUUUCAAGGAUAAGUACAAGCUGAACUACCACGUGCGCAUCCACGUGCCGGAACUGUCGCACCGGUGCGACGUUUGCGGCAAGGUGUUUGCGCACCAGUCGACGCUGCAUAAUCACAAGCGUAUCCACACAGGUGAGCGUGCGUUCAAAUGUUUAACUUGCGGCAAGGCGUUCGUACAAUCGUCGGCCCUGUCAAACCACACGAAGAUACACACCGGCGAGCGGCCGCACGAGUGCCUGAUCUGUGGCAUUAGCUUCAUCCAGAAGAUCAACCUUAUCUACCACAUACGCAUACACAACGGCGAGCGUCCGUACCGGUGCAACAUCUGCCAGAAGUCGUUCAUCCAGCAGAGCCAUAUAAAGAACCACAUGAAGGUGCACAAGAAGGACAAUCCGCUCGAUUGCAGCAUGUGCGGCAAGAACUACAGCGAUCUCAACGAGCUGACCGAACACUACUCGUCGCAUCAUACGGCCGAGCUGACCUACCGGUGCCAGGCCUGUGGCAAAUCAUUCGCCCAGGCGAACCAUUUGAAAAUCCACAAGAAGAAUUUCUGCAACAGCAAAUCGAACUAA